AGGAAGGUGCACGCAGCUUGGCUGGUGCCUGCGGCGACGAUGCAGGGCGGGGAGGCGGCGGAGGAUGUGCAGGCACCUAAGCGGGCUCGGGUCUCCGGCCUCCCCGAGGGGCUGUGCACCCCGGAGAAGCGAGUCUCAGCCUGGCGAGCCCCGGCGUGCGCCGAGGUCCAACCGCGUUACUGGGACCCCGAACGUGUUUGCGACUUCCUCGACCGCAGCGGCUUCCGGGACCCCGACCUGCUGCGCCGCUUCCGAGAAAAUCAAAUCACUGGGUCAUUGCUGCCUUACCUCACUAAAUCUCAUCUUGAAAACUUGGGAAUUGGACCCCAGGACUUGAGACUGAAAUUGCUUGCUUGCCUGAACAAAUUGGGACAACAUUAUGCUGAAGAAAUGAAGGUUUUUAAUGAUCCUAUUCAUGGUCAUAUUGAAAUACAUCCUCUGCUCAUUCGAAUCAUCGAUACGCCUCAGUUUCAACGUCUGCGAUACAUUAAGCAACUGGGUGGCACUUACUUUGUUUUUCCAGGAGCGUCGCAUAACCGCUUUGAACAUUCCCUGGGUGUAGGAUAUCUGGCUGGAUGUCUGGUACGAGCACUGAAAGAAAAACAGCCAGAACUGGAGAUCAACCAUAGAGACAUUCUCUGUGUUGAGAUUGCUGGGCUUUGUCAUGAUUUGGGUCAUGGACCAUUUUCACACAUGUUUGAUGGAAGAUUUAUUCCACUCGUUCGUCCUGGGCUGAAAUGGAAGCAUGAAACUGCUUCUGUUCAGAUGUUUGAACACCUGAUUACUUCCAAUGACCUAGGAAAAGUCAUGGAAAACUAUGGUCUUGUCUUGAGUGAAGAUAUGGACUUCAUCAAGGAACAAAUAGGAGGACCCAUAGAUGAAACGACAUGUGAGAAUCCAUGGCCUUAUCGUGGUCGACCAAGGGAGAAAAGCUUCCUUUAUGAGAUAGUUGCUAACAAAAGAAAUGGGAUUGAUGUUGACAAAUGGGAUUACUUUGCAAGGGAUUGUCAUCACCUAGGAAUCCAGAAUAACUUUGACUAUAAGCGCUUCCUUAAAUUUGUGCGAGUCUGUGAAGUAAAAAGGCAGAAGUAUAUCUGUACGCGUGAUAAGGAGGUCGGAAAUUUGUAUGAUAUGUUCCAUACAAGGAAUUGCUUACACCGCAGAGCCUACCAGCACAAGGUUGGCAACAUCAUUGAAACAAUGAUUACAGAUGCUUUCCUGAAAGCAGAUCCCCACAUUCAAAUAGAGGGUUCAAACAGAAAAUACUACAAGAUUUCUACUGCAAUGGAAGAUAUGGAAGCGUACUCUAAACUAACAGAUAACAUCUUUCUGGAGAUUUUGCACUCCAGUUGUCCAGAACUGGCUGAGGCACGAGAAAUUUUGUAUAAAAUAGAGCAACGUCAACUAUACAAGUAUGUAGGAGAAACUAAGCCUAAAAAAGGAAAGGAAAUUGAAAAGGAGGAGUACGACACAUUGCCAGCUGAUGUUGCUGCUGCCAAGCCAGAAAACAUACCUCACGAUAUGGAGUUGAAGUCUGAAGACUUCAUAGUUGAUGUUAUCAAUAUGGAUUAUGGAAUGAAAGAACAGAACCCUAUUGAUAAUGUUCGCUUCUAUUGCAAGUCUGACCCUAGCCAGGCAAUCAAGAUUACUAAAGAACAGGUUUCUAGGUUUCUGCCAGAGACCUUUGAGGAACAGCUUAUCCGAGUUUACUGUAAGAAAACAGAUGAGAAGAGUCUCAAUGCUGCAAUACAGUAUUUUGUGCAGUGGUGUAUAAACAGAGAUUUCACUAAACCACAGGAUGGUGAUGUGGUUGCCCCUUUGCUAACUCCAAUGAAAGCAAGCUGGAAAAACACUGAAGAAGAUGAACUAGAAGGUCCAACUGAAUGCAAGAAAGCUUCAAAACCCAGAGCCAGACUUUUCAAUAACUGACUUAUUAAAUGUAUUUAAAGCCUUUCUGAUAAGGAUUUUGCACUAUCCCAUUUAUCUCUUUAAAUGAUGGCUGGCACAUUUUAUAAAAAGCCUAUGUGAAAUAAGGAUAAGCUGUAAAAGCUUUUCAGAGCAGAUUUACAAUAAUGCAUUUUAAAAGGAGCUGAAAUUUCCUAUAUAGUGUAGUUCAUUAAAACUCUGUGUAUUAUGGUACUCAGAGGAGAAUUUUAUAUGGAGAGAUUAUUUGUUGCAACAAAACUUAACACAACUGUUUCUAGUGUGUUCUUUGAAUGUACUUGUGUUGUAUAGCAAGAGUACCUUUUUAAAAAUGAACUUCAGAGUCUUGAUAAAAUAUACACAUUUCCAUAAGCAUACAAAAGGGCAAAAUUUUACCCUGGUUGAAAUGCAGUGUUAGCUGUAUUUUUCAACACAGUUCCCACUUUGCUAAAAUCAGAGAACUAUAAGUUUCCAGUUUCUUCUAUCAGUGCAAGUAUCAUAAAUGAAAUGUUGGAAAGACCUACUGCUAUUUUCUAUAAUUUGGAUCCCCUUGUUUAUGGUAAUACUGAGGCUUUAUCAGAAAUGUAAGAGCUAAAAUUUGUUUUUCCUAGAAUAUUUGCAUUUUACCUUUAAAUAACCGAAGAUUAGUGUAACUGUAAAAGCUGAUGAAUGUGAGCUGUGUCUCCUCGUGCUACCAAAGUACCCAGACACUUUAUGCGUUUUUGAAAAAUAGCUCUUUGGUUUAUAGAAUGUGGUUUUUACUUCUGUAUUCAGUUACAGAAAUGCUGUGAUCUUUCAUUACUCUCUGAACAUUCCUGGCAAGAAAAAUUUGGCUAAAGAGAUACUGUCAACUUGAUUACUCACAUAUUCUUAAAAUGAGGAUAUGUUUACACAGCAAAAUACCUUCUCAGCAGUUAACUAAUGCAGCAGUCUGCUAAUGCAGUACUACUGCUUCCUGAUCUCCCUCAGUUAACUUUACAACCCACAGCAUUGUUCAGUGACUUCACAAUUUUCACUGGUAUAUUAAAUGAUUUCUUUCCUCUAUUGCUUGUGGGUAGUCUCAAAAGUUCUGCCAAACUGUUCAAUACAAAAGCAAGGCUUUCUUCCCCUCUUCUUUUUCCUAAUUUUUCACUUGCAUCUCAAAUGUUUUAACAGGUGCAAG